CACCCCUGCCACCGCCACCAUUUGCUGCUAGCUACUCCUACUUACUGCUGCUGCUGCGGCGAGGAGUGGGCAGUGGCUAGGGUUUUGGCGGGCGGGGGGCGAUGUGGGCGGCGGAGGCGCCCUUCUCGCGGUCGGGGUCGUGGCGGGAGGCGGAGGACGAGCAGGAGGCGCUUCGGUGGGCCGCGCUGCAGCGCCUCCCCACCGUCGCGCGCGCCAGGAGGGGCCUGCUCAGGUCGCCGGCCGUCGCGCCCGGCUCCUCCGGCGCGGGCGGCCCGGUCGAGGGCGACGACGCGCUCUGCGAGGUCGACGUCACCGGCCUCUCCUCCGGCGACCGCACCGCGCUCGUCGACCGCCUGCUCGCCGACUCCGGCGACGCCGAGCAGUUCUUCCGCCGCAUACGCGCCCGCUUCGACGCGGUACACAUAGAGUUCCCCAAGAUCGAAGUGAGGUACGAGGACCUGACGGUGGACGCGUACGUGCAUGUGGGCAGCAGGGCGCUGCCCACCAUCCCCAACUUCAUAUGCAACAUGACAGAGGCAUUUCUGAGGCACCUGAGGAUCUACAGAGGGGGAAGAAUGAAGUUACCUAUAUUGGACAACAUUAAUGGCAUCAUUCGCCCAUCAAGAAUGACACUGCUUUUGGGCCCUCCAAGUUCCGGGAAGACCACCUUGCUUUUAGCACUUGCCGGUCGACUUGGUCCUGGACUAAAGAUGUCUGGGAGCAUUACUUACAACGGCCACCAUCUAAACGAAUUUGUGCCUCAAAGAACAUCUGCUUAUGUAAGUCAGCAAGACUGGCAUGCUUCAGAGAUGACCGUCAGAGAAACCCUGGAGUUUGCUGGGCGCUGUCAGGGUGUUGGUAUAAAGUAUGAUAUGCUCGUUGAACUUUUGAGGAGAGAAAAGAAUGCUGGGAUCAAGCCUGAUGAGGAUCUUGAUGUAUUCAUGAAGGCAUUGGCUCUUGAAGGUAGACAGACGAGUCUUGUGGCUGAGUACGUAAUGAAGAUUUUAGGGCUGGACAUCUGUGCUGACACCAUUGUCGGAGAUGAAAUGGUCAAAGGAAUCUCUGGUGGGCAAAAGAAGCGUCUAACAACAGGUGAAUUGCUAGUUGGGUCUGCUCGCGUUCUGUUCAUGGAUGAGAUUUCAACUGGCCUUGAUAGUGCAACCACAUAUCAGAUUAUCAAGUACUUAAGGGAUUCCACACAUGCUCUGGAUGGCACUACAAUCAUAUCCCUGCUGCAGCCUGCUCCAGAAACUUAUGAGCUAUUCGAUGAUGUUAUUCUUAUAUCUGAAGGUCAAAUUGUAUACCAGGGACCACGUGAAUAUGCUGCUGAUUUUUUUGCUGCAAUGGGAUUCAGGUGCCCUGAAAGGAAAAAUGUGGCAGAUUUUUUGCAAGAAGUUUUGUCCAAGAAAGAUCAACAGCAGUACUGGUGUCAAUAUGAUUACCCAUACCAGUUUGUGUCCGUAACAAAAUUUGCUGAAGCCUUUAAGACAUUUGUUAUUGGUAAGAGGCUGCAUGAGGAUUUAGAUAGGCCAUACAAUAGAAAACAUAAUCAUCCCGCUGCUCUUUCAACUUCAAAUUACGGUGUCAAGAGGCUCGAGAUUCUGAAGUCCAACUUCCAGUGGCAGCGUUUGCUGAUGAAAAGGAACUCAUUCAUCUACGUCUUCAAAUUCAUUCAGCUUCUACUUGUGGCCCUCAUCACAAUGACUGUAUUUUUUCGAACAACAAUGCACCAUGAUUCAGUUGAUGAUGGGAUCAUUUAUCUUGGAGCCCUCUAUUUUGCAAUAGUGAUGAUUCUAUUCAAUGGCUUUACUGAAGUCUCAAUGUUGGUGGCGAAACUUCCAGUUCUUUACAAGCACAGAGAUUUGCAUUUCUAUCCACCAUGGGCUUUUACGCUUCCUUCUUGGCUCCUGAGCAUUCCAACCUCGCUUAUUGAAUCGGGAAUGUGGACACUUGUAACAUAUUAUGUUGUUGGUUAUGAUCCCCAGUUCACAAGAUUUCUGGGACAAUUUUUGUUGCUUUUCUUUCUGCACCAGACAUCUUUGGCUCUUUUCCGGGUCAUGGCAUCUUUGGGCCGAAAUAUGAUAGUUGCUAAUACCUUUGGAUCGUUUGCUUUGUUGGUUGUUAUGAUCCUUGGAGGAUUCAUCAUAACCAAAGAAAGCAUACCAGUCUGGUGGAUUUGGGGUUAUUGGAUCUCUCCUAUGAUGUAUGCACAGAAUGCUAUAUCGGUAAAUGAAUUCCAUGGGCGUUCUUGGAGCAAGCCAUUUGCAGAUCAGAACAUCACAUUAGGUGAAGCUGUACUCACUGGAUAUGGAUUAUUCAAGGAAAAAUAUUGGUUUUGGAUUGGAGUCGGAGCAUUGUUAGGUUACACGAUUGUUUUGAAUGCCUUAUUUACAUUGUUCUUGACAAUUCUCAACCCAAUUGGGAAUAUGCAAGCUGUUGUAUCCAAGGAUGCGAUUCGAAACAAGGAUUCUAGGAGGAAGAGUGACAGAGUAGCCCUAGAGCUGAGAUCUUACCUGCAUUCAACUUCACUGAAUGGGCUUAAGCUCAAGGAACAGAAGGGCAUGGUGUUACCCUUUCAACCCCUUUCUAUGUGCUUUAAGAAUAUAAACUACUACGUUGAUGUACCAGAGGAAUUGAAAAAGCAAGGGAUAGCAGAAGACCGCCUUCAGUUGCUUGUUGAUGUCACUGGUGCAUUUAGGCCAGGGGUACUGACAGCCCUUGUUGGAGUCAGCGGUGCUGGUAAAACCACCCUCAUGGAUGUUUUAGCCGGCCGGAAGACCGGAGGACUCAUAGAAGGAAACAUCUCUAUAUCUGGAUAUCCUAAGAACCAAGAGACUUUCACAAGGAUAUCCGGUUAUUGUGAACAAAAUGAUGUCCAUUCACCUUGCUUGACUGUGAUUGAGUCUUUGUUAUACUCGGCAUGCCUCCGGUUGCCUUCUCAUGUCAAUGAUGACACUCAAAGGGCUUUUGUGGAAGAGGUGAUGGAACUUGUUGAGCUGAAUCCGUUAAGUGGUGCUCUUGUUGGCCUGCCAGGAGUUAAUGGUCUGUCUACGGAACAACGCAAAAGGUUGACGAUAGCUGUGGAGCUUGUGGCAAAUCCUUCCAUUGUAUUCAUGGAUGAACCUACGUCAGGGUUGGAUGCUAGGUCUGCAGCCAUUGUGAUGAGAACUGUACGAAAUAUUGUUAAUACAGGACGGACAAUCGUGUGCACCAUCCAUCAGCCAAGUAUCGACAUAUUUGAAUCCUUUGAUGAGCUUUUGUUUAUGAAGCGUGGAGGGCAACUCAUAUAUGCUGGCCCCUUGGGUCCCAAAUCACGCAAUCUGGUUGAGUUUUUCCAGGCAGUUCCAGGGGUGCCUAAAAUCAGGGAUGGCUAUAAUCCUGCUGCAUGGAUGUUGGAUGUCACGAGUACACAAAUGGAGCAGAUUCUUGGAGUGGAUUUUGCUGAAUACUAUCGACAGUCGAAAUUAUUUCUGCAGACCAAAGAAAUCGUUGAGGCCUUGAGCAAACCGAACAGUGAAGUGAAAGAGCUUACUUUCUCUACCAAGUAUGCUCAACCAUUCUGUGCUCAGUUUAUUGCUUGCUUAUGGAAGCAAAACCUAUCGUACUGGAGGAAUCCUCAAUACACUGCAGUUCGGUUUUUCUACACCGUCAUCAUCUCCUUGAUGUUUGGGACGAUUUGCUGGAAAUUUGGCUCUAGAAGGGAGACCCAACAUGAUAUAUUCAAUGCCAUGGGUGCCAUGUAUGCAGCAGUGCUUUUCAUAGGAAUCACUAACGCCACUUCCGUUCAACCUGUGAUCUCCAUCGAAAGAUUCGUAUCGUACAGAGAGCGAGCUGCUGGGAUGUAUUCAGCAUUACCUUUCGCAUUCUCUCUGGUUACUGUGGAGUUCCCUUACAUUCUUGUUCAGUCACUUGUCUACGGUACAAUUUUCUACAGCCUGGGCUCAUUUGAGUGGACAGCGGUGAAGUUCCUGUGGUUCCUGUUCUUCAUGUACUUCACUCUGUUGUACUUCACCUUCUACGGCAUGAUGACGACGGCGAUCACUCCGAAUCAUAUGGUCGCGCCUAUCAUUGCCGCCCCAUUCUACACGUUAUGGAAUCUCUUCUGCGGGUUCAUGAUCCCAAGAAAGCUGAUCCCGGUGUGGUGGAGGUGGUACUACUGGGCCAACCCGGUGUCCUGGACGCUGUACGGGCUCCUGACCUCCCAGUUCGGCGACCUGGACCAGCCCCUUCUGCUGGCCGACGGCAUCAGAACCACCACCGUGGUGGCGUUCCUGGAGGAGCACUUUGGGUUCCGGCACGACUUCCUCGGCGUCGUCGCCACGAUGGUGGUCGGCUUCUGCGUCCUCUUCGCCGUCGUCUUCGCCCUCGCCAUCAGGAACCUCAACUUCCAGCGCAGAUGAUGGGCAGCAAAUGUACCCCGCCGUUUUAAGUUAUCCAGUAUGCAUGUGUACAAUCAAUUAAGAGCUCGUAAAUAAUUCGAGAGAGACAUUUGAAACAACAAGUGUAUGUAUUAUCAUGUAUAGCAAGCAAAGGCUUUGAGAUGGUUCGUUUGUUGA